UGCUAGACCGACAUACAUGAAUAGAUGCCCGAGCAGACACGUUCAAAAGAUCGAAAAUCUGCGAGAAAUUUUGAGAAACUCAUACAUAGAUGGAGGAAGAAAAGAAGAAGGUGAUGGUGGCGAUUGAUGAGAGUGAGUUCAGCCUUUAUGCACUGAAAUGGACUCUUCAAAAGCUUCACGACUCACUACUAAAUUCGGAACUCGUGCUUUUCACUGUGCAGCCCAUAGUUGAUUAUGCGUUUAUCUAUGCAUCUACUUAUGGUGUUACUUCUCCGGAACUCUUAGCAGCUUUCCAGGAAAAUCAAAAGAAAACUGCCAUGGCUCUUUUGGAUAAAGCUAAGGACAUCUGCAAAGACCACGGGAUUAGUGCUGAGACAAUUACUGAAGCAGGGGAUCCUAAAGAGACCAUAUGCGAAGCAGUGGAAAAGCUAAAAAUCGAAUUGCUUGUGAUGGGAAGCCACAGUCGAGCGGCUUUGCAAAGGGCCUUUCUGGGAAGCGUCAGCAACUACUGUGUUCACAAUGCCAAGUGCCAGGUCCUUGUUGUGAAGAAGAAAGCAUGAAGCAAUGGAGUGUUUAUCCAUUUCACCUGCGUCUAGUUCUGUUGUGAAAUAAAGGCAGUAUACUUCUUUGUAAAUAUAGUAUAUUUUCUAAGUACAUGAAUAAGAACCUAGCCAACAUAUUGGAUGAUGGCUUGUGAAAUGCAAACUACCUUUUUAUUUCAAGCGCAAAUUGGUUAAGUUUUUAUAAUAUGCAUGUUUUCCUAUGGUA